GUAAGUGGACCGAGGAUGCUACAACAGAUGCCUGCAAGAUUGACGAAUGGUCGAAAAUAGCUGCAGUGUUUUGAACGGAGAUGGAGCGGCCAGCGCCAACGUACAGCAGCAACGGGAUCGGGAAAACCUGGCGAAGUAGACACCACCGAAAUCCGUAUGGAAUGUGUGAUUUUGCGAUAAAGUAUCUUUCUCACAGUUGAAUGCAUGGAUGAGGGGUAGGUAAAUCCUCUCUUGAGCUUGCUUGUUAACAGUUGAGUUAAUAAUAAUAACGAGCGCUAGAGCUGGAGCUCGCUCGACAGGGGACUUUCCAUGUUUACAAAGUGUAAAGAGGUGACACGGAAGCGAAUCGGGUACGGUACUGUCAACUCUAUGCCUGUGGGUAUACUGUACACAAAGCUGGCGCGCGCUUUGUAUUUGGUAUCGCGGGAAAUUCAUCACUGCAUCCAUCAUCAGCAGCUCCGAUCCGCUCCCCGGCCUAGCUCCAAAUCCAGAGAUCCCAGAAAUCGACUAGCACAGAUCAGAGAUUCUAUGACUAAGUGACAGCAUGGCUUUGUGUGUCGAUGGAAAAUCACUUGAGAAUGUUGGAUGCGCAGACCUUCGCCUGAUGCCAUGCACGAUAGAAGGAGAUGGAGAGGCCAAUGUAUCUCAAUUCUUUACACCUGCUAUCAGACAGAAUGAGGAAAGCCCAGGCACAACAGGUCAGCAGGUAUCAUUCCGAGGGAGACUCCUUAGAGGUCAAGAGAUUCCAAUCCCUGAGGGAUAUAAAGGUGUUAUUCUGAAAGAGCCUAGUAAACCUUUCACUGAAGAUGAGGAUCGUACUUUAAAAGCAACCCACAGUUUUGACAAGUUUACCUACUGGAAUUUGGAAACAGCACCUUCUACCAAUGACACGAUUCAACGAGCCUUGGCAUGGACCAAUAUAGCUUCUGCAAUACACAGUCCUGUAUCAUCUGAUAAGCCAUCCCUGGAAUCCCAGGGCAGUGUAGCUGGCUGUAGAUGAAAUUCAACCGUUCCAAUUUACACCUACCUGAAUACUAGUGGUCAGAUUCAACCUGAUUUCAUGAUGCCACUGUGUUCUCUUGAUGCCAGGCGUUUCCAGCUUACUUCAGAGAACCAUUUCAUGAAGGUUUUCAGCACCGACAAGUUAUUAUUAUUGGAUAAAUGUGAAGGAGAUUGGAUAGUUAACAUAGAAGCAGUCAGAUAUCUGUGCCUCUAAGUCAAUCAAAAGCAAAGGCAUUUGUCCGAUGAAAAAAGUGUUGAUGAAUACCCUUCAGUAUUCUGAUACUACAGUAUAUUAGCCAUGAUGAGAAACAAAGUCAAGUCCCACAGCAAUACUUGGUAGUUCUUAAAAAUUCAAUUGGAAUCUAUUUUGUUGAUUCUCGGCCAUUGUAUUAUAUGAAGAUGAAGGAGUCAUUGUGACUUAUCUCACUUCUAAGUUACUAUACCUUUCAAGAUGUGAAUUGUUUUCCUGCCAGAGACUCUGUAGGGAGGGUGUUUGAUAUACCUUGUGACAUGUAAUUAUUUAUGUCAUAUUGAUUGAUAGUACUGUGAAUUUCUUUAUGAUUAAAUUUUGUAUGUAAAAAAUGUAGAUGAAUUGUGCUUGUCAUUUUAACUUCAUAAGUCUCAUUUUAUGGUUAAUUACUGCUUAAUUAGCAGAUGUUAUUGAAUUGUAAUAUAUAUGCAUGUAUAUUUGCUGGCUUGUCAGCAAGCAAGUUGACCUGCCACAAAAUUCUUGGAGGAUUCUUGUGGUUUCUCCCUCUUAUAGUAUGCUAGAUACCGUAAUAUAUUUGAUUAUUAUUUAAGGUGAUUUUUACUCUUCCUAAUCUCUGUUUCAUGUUGAACCCAAUAUAAAUGGAGUUUUUUUUUUGCCAAAAAAUAGCCCUAUACCUGCUCAUUUGAUGUGCCAUUUUUAGCUCAUCCAGUCCGAAUGGCAAGAUGAGCUUAUACCGUGGCGUGGCAUCCAUCCACAAUUUAAAAAUGCUUCUUCUUUGCCAUUUCAAUUCUGUUUGCUUUAUAUGAUAGCACUAGGUGGGGGAUUCAAAACUUCUACACAGAAUUUUGAAACUCAUUAAAUAUGCUAAUUUAUGCACAUUUUUAAAAAUUCACAAAAAUUGCUCCUUUAUUUGUUGACCGAUUUUGAAUUUUUUGCUUCCAUCUGGUAGAGCUUCAUGAGGUUCACCAAAUUUCUACAUAGAAUUUUAAAAUUUUGACUAGAACAAUUUUUAUGCUAAUUCAUGCGAAAUUAAUUUAUGCAUAUUUUUAAAAAUUCACAUAAAAUGCUUCUUCUUUAUUUGUUGACUGAUUUUAUUUUUUUUUUCUUCCAUCUGGUAGAGCUUCAUGAGGUUCACCAAACUUCUAUACAGAAUUUUUAAAUUUGGAGUAGAAAAUUAUUUAUGCUAAUUCAUGCAAAAUUCAUAAAUCACAGAAAAUGCCUCAUCUUUAUUUGUUGACUGAAUUUCAAAAUGCUUCUUCUUCAUCAUUUCAAGUCUGAUUUCAAUUCUGUUUGCUUUAUAUGAUAGCAUUAGAUGGGGGAUUCAUAACUUCUACACAGAAUUUUGAAACUCAUUAAAUAUGCUAAUUUAUGCGUAUUUUUAAAAAUUCACAUAAAAUGCUUCUUUAAUUGUUGAACGAUUUUGAUUUUUUUUUUCCAUCUGGUAGAACUUCAUGAGGGUCACCAAACUUCUACACAGAAUUUUGAAAUUUUCAGUAAAAAUUAUUUAUGAUAAUUUAUGCGAAAUUUAUUCAUAAAUCACAGAAAAUGCCUCUUCACCUUUGUUGACCGAUUUUGAUUUUUUUUUUCUUCCAUGUGGUAGAGCUGCAUGAGGUUCACCAAACAUGUACACAAAAUUUUGAAAUUUUUUCUACGAAAUAAUUUGCUAAUUUAUGCAAAAUUUAUUCAUAAAUCACAAAAAAUAUUUUUUCUUCUUCAUUUGUUGAUCAAUUUCAAUUGUGUUUGCUUUAUAUGAUAGCUCGAGGUGGUGAUACAAAAUUUCAACACAGAAUUUUGAAACUCAUUAAAUAUGCUCAUUUAUUCAUAUAUUUUCAAAACUCACAAAAAUACUUAUUUAUUUGUUGAUUGAUUUUGAUUAUUUUUGUUCCAUCUGAGAGCUACAUGAGGUUCACCAAGGUUCUACACAGAGUUUAGAAAUUUUAACUAGAAAAUUAUGCUUAAUUUAUAUGAAAUUUAUUCAUAGAUCACAAAAAAUGCUUCUAUGUCAUUUCUUCAUCAAUUUCAAUUCUAUAUCCUCAAUUUAUGUCACCAAUAUAAUUCACUACAGUGUCAACUGGGCUCAAAUUAAAAUUGUGUUAAAUUUAGUUGCGAGAUGCCGGAUGAGCUCCACAUCAUUGAUGUGCUAGUUUCUCUUUGAGGUGUAACAUACAUGUACUAGUAUAGUGCACAUCUUCAAAUAUACUGUGAGCCAUAAAUUCAGUGAGAUUUAUACCUCAUUCACAUUUGCUCUACAGCGGCUGCAUGGCGAGUCAAAAACAGCCGUUUUAACAUUUUUUGUAAGAGCUACAUUUUGGUGGUUUGAAUAAUAAUGAAUGGCUGUUUUCGACUCGCCGUACGGCUGCUGUAAAGCAAAUGUGACCGAGGUAUAAGCAUAAUAGCUCCAUGGUAUAAGGCAGUGAAUAUUCAUUCUCUUGAACCUUAUUAUGAGCCUAAUGGGUAGCAUUAAAGAAAUCUGCGCUUGCAGAAAGUUAGUACCUACCCUUUCCAUGUGAGGUACAGUUUACAUUCUUAAAAAUUCUUUACACGUAAAUCCAAUGUAAAUUUGUUCUAUGCUCAGAAGCAGAGGCGUCGAUCCUGGGGGGGGGGGCAGGGGGGGGCGAUCGCCCCACCAAUGAAAAUAUUGGGGGGCAAACAUAUUGUUUUGCUCCCCCAAUAAUUCCGGAUGUGCAAAAUUAAAAUAAGAUUGUAAUGUUCAGUAAGCGAGAUUGAGAUACACAACUCGUUCUUUAUUUCAAAUCGUUCUCAAAAUGUCUGCUUUUCAGAUUGGAAUAUAAAAAUUUUCAGCUCGCGCUUCGCGCUCGCAUCAUUUCUGUAGCAAAAACCCAUACUUUUCAUGAUUAAAUAGGUGAAUAGAAUGUCCCGUUUUCAAUGCUAAACCUCAAAUGGAACCCCCGCUUCGCUUUGCAAUAAUCUUAUGUUGGAUAUAUAGCUUGUUCUUUAUCAAAAACGUCCAUUAACUGUCAAUUUUUUUCAGGUCGAAAUAUCAACAUUUUCAGCUCGCAUCUUUUGUUCUUUUAGAUACCAAUCUUAUUCAUUGGUACCAAUAAUGCUUAGAAUAUUAAGCUUUCAGGUCAGAAUAUAAAAAAAUUUCAGUCCUAAACAAGUACCCUUUUCCUGUUUUAAGUUCAGUAUGCUAAAAAAAAUUCAGCUCGCGCUCGCAUUAGUUUGUUGGUGAGAUAUGUGUCGGUAUCUCAUAAGUCAUAUAUAUAUAUAUAUACAUAUAUAUGCCUAUGUGUGUGUGUGUGUGUGCGUGGGUGAGGUUGUUUGUUUUGUAUGAUCGAGCGCCUUUGGAACUUGAUUCAUGAUUUUGCCCCCCCCAAUCUGAAAAAUGGAUCAACGCCCCUGCUCAGAAGUAGAACUAUGUCUGCAAAUUUGAGGGCCAUCUUUUUUUUUUUACUUUUUUUUUUAAAUGUUAUUUAUGCAAUGGCAUAAUUUCAAAUUUAAAAAAGGUUACUCAUGCAGACAUCACUUUUUUUUAUAAGUUGAAGGAACUCCAAAAUGUCCACAUUAAAUUAGAGGACCUGAGAACUUGUCUUGUAUGGUAUUAAAAUAAAAUUUUGCCGUUUUUCCCGAUUA